GGGGGGGCCCGGCGGCGGGGGCCUCCGCCCAGGUCCUGUGAGCGGCUAGCGGGCCUCGCCGGGGCGGCCGCCGUCUGUGCCCGCGGGCCCCGGGCUGAGCUAGGGCCGAGGGCCCGGCAGCGAGGCGCUGAGCGGCCCCCGCGGCGGGGGGCCCCGGGGCAGUAAGCCAUGGCCACCCGGCGUCUAACGGACGCGUUCUUGUUGUUGCGGAACAACGCGGUGCAGAGCCGACAGCUGCUGGCCGAGCAAGUGAGUAGUUACGGCUCCUCCAGCCCUCUGAGUUCACGUAGCAUGGCUGCUGCGCUUGCUGAUGAUCGUAUGGCACUGGUGUCAGGCAUCAGUUUGGAUCCUGAGGCAGCAAUUGGAGUAACAAAACGCUUACCUCCCAAAUGGGUGGAUGGAGCAGAUGAAAUACAGUAUGAUAUUGCCAGGAUUAAACAGAAGAUGAAAGAAUUAGCCAGUCUUCAUGAUAAACAUCUAAACAGACCAACACUGGAUGACAGCAGUGAAGAAGAACGGGCAAUAGAAAUAACAACCCAAGAGAUCACACAGUUGUUUCACAGAUGUCAAAGAGCAGUCCAGGUCUUGCAGAGCAGGUCACGUAGUUGCACAGAGCAAGAAGCACGUGUUCUCAGGAAUGUAGUGUCUUCCUUAGCACAGUCCCUUCAGGACCUAUCCACCAACUUUAGACAUGCACAGUCUGACUAUCUGAAACGCAUGAAGAACAGAGAAGAAAGAUCCAAACACUUCUUCGACACCUCAGUCCCGCUGAUGGAUGAUGGAGAGGAUGAUACACUUUAUGACAGGGGUUUUACGGAUGACCAGCUAGCAUUGGUGGAGCAGAACACGCUAAUGGUGGAAGAGCGGGAACGUGAAAUCCGCCAGAUUGUACAGUCAAUCUCCGAUCUCAAUGAAAUCUUUAGGGACCUGGGAGCAAUGAUAGUAGAACAGGGAACAGUUCUAGAUAGAAUUGACUACAAUGUUGAACAAUCAUGUAUGAAAACUGAAGAGGGUCUAAAACAACUACAUAAGGCAGAGCAAUAUCAAAAGAAGAAUCGGAAGAUGCUUGUUAUUUUAAUUUUGUUUGUCAUAGUAAUUGUCCUUAUUGUUGUUCUUAUCGGUGUCAAGUCACACUAAGUUUCACUUCAUUUCUCUUUGUUGGAGUUCUGUGAACUUUUCUUCCCCAAUGUGAAUGGAUGGGCCUGCACUCCAGAAAGCUGCCUUUUGAAUGUAUAAGCCCUUGUGGUGCAAAGUCUGUGCAAUGUUCCUGUAGAAUUCUUCAAAGUACAAGUUUGGUGAUCUGUGAGGUGUCUGUAAGGACUACGUGGAUAAUGUCAAGAAAUGUGAUACUCCCAUACAAGUAAUUUGGCACUCUGUGCAGAGGUAUUUGGAAACAUGGUACUUAGAAAUAAUUACAAAAUUGAAGUCUACCAAGUGAGUACAGCAAUUAGUGUGAACAAAAAAUGUGGUGUCUUCUCUCAAGUCACAGUUGAUACAAGCUCUAAAUUCAAACCAUGUUAUUGAGACAUGGGACUAAGUAACAAAAAAGGAUCUAGAUGUAAAUUUUGUUGAGGCACAAAAAUGUUUUAUUUGAUCUCAUUUUUUACAGAUUCAAAAACUCAAAAGAAUUGGACAGAGAGAUGAAAAAUAAAGCCUAUGGCAAGCAGAAUGUAAUCCAACCCCUGUGAUCUUAAUUCAGAUACUGCACUGCUACUAAGAAUCAGAGUAGGAUUUGAUCUUGUAAAUAACCAGAUUUAAUCACUGGCAUAAUGUAGCACAUUCAGUUAAUUAAGAAAAAUUCUGAGCUUCAGUAAUUGUGGGGAAUAUUCUUCCUCACCAGAAUGAUCAUAUAGAUUUUUUUUCAUGUACAAUUUCUUUAAGUACAGACAUUGCAUUAAAGCAAUGGUGAAGUUAAGCCUAAAAAAACAGAUGGGGCUUUUUUUUCUUUUUCUCCAUUUGACCUGCUGUUGUGGGUCUCAGAUGUUUCAUACUUUAGUUGUUGUACAAGCUGUUUGUUUUGUAGUGCAUCUGUCCAUAUGCGUUCUGGUUUUUGUGUAAGUGACUUCACUACAGUAUCUAUGACAUCCAUUUUCCCUGACACAAGAUUAUUUGGUUAAAUGCCUGCCUGGAAGAGGAUGUAUCUUUUACUGACAAUGGGAGAAGUAACAUGUAAGUGACAUGUUACUAGGCCUUCAGUAGAGCAUUAAGGAUUUUUUUCCCCACUGUGGGAAAACUUCACUGUAGACCAUAACAGAAAUUAGGGCAACACCUAAGUAAUAGAACACUGAAUUCAGGCCUGAAGUCAUGUGCAGUUCUAGAGGCCUUGCCUUAAAAUUUUUAAUGUGGAUUUUCUGUGAGAAUUAUUUUUUUUCCUCUGGAGGGACUGUAACUUAUUUUUCUUCAUUUUUGGACUGACACAGUGUUCCCCAUAAACUUGCAGAGAUGCUCUGCUCAACACCCCUGAAAUGCAGCUUUGUAAAACCAUGAUAUUCAUGUUGCACAUAUUGCCUGCCCUGAGUUUAUCUUUGCUGUGUACCAAGGAGAACUUAAGAUGUGGCUUUAAACUGACUUGAUGCAGCAACAGACCUGAAAACAAAGAUUACAAAGAUAUGAAAGCCUUGGCUUUUUCCACAGCUUAUUGUGAAAAGCUUUGUACUACUCUUGUUACCUCUAGAAAAAGGGGAUUUUGGACUUCCAAAACUGCCAGUUCAAAGCCGUCAUUAAAUUCAUCAAAUAAGCUGGUAAAAGAAAGAGCAGUGCUUAUGGUUGGGUGUGCAGCUCCCCUGUUCUGGUUAUGGAUCUUUUCAAUGAUCGUGAGUAAAACUACUGUCUCCUGGUGUGCUGUCUACAUCAGUUGGUGUGAAGCAGCAUAUUGCUAUAAUUUAAAAUACUGUAUUUGCAACUUUCUCUCUAACAUGAGAUCGUGUUAUUUAUUUCUGUCUUGACUGGUGCUUUUGACAUUUUAUCAUGGCUAACGAAUUCAGAGAAGUAAUAAAACACUUCCAACCUAAUUGGGCAAUUCUUUUUUUUUUUUUCAAAGAUAUUAACUGAAACAUACUUGUGUGCUGUUGAUGUGUCUCUGUGUUCAUCAUAAUUAAGUGAAAGCAGCAGUGACAUGAAAUAUCUUUGGAAACAACUUUCUGUAGCACAGUGUAACUUGGAUUGUCAAGAGUUAUUUCCCGUGAUUUAUGCCCAUGUGUCUGAACACCAUGGAAGUGGCUGGCUACACAUUUUAAGUACUGUAAAAGGAAAUGCAUUUUUAUUAUGCAUUAGACAAGAGGUUAAACUCGGAUGUCAACUAUCCUGUGUGACUUGAGCUACAAUUUAUUGAAGCUGGUUAUAUAGAGGAGAAAAAAAAUCAUGACAGGCUUCUAAAUCGUUGCAGGUGUCUAACUAUGAGCAGCUAAAUCAAAUCCUUAUGCUGUGCUUUGUAAGAAUGUCUUCAUAGGGCAUGUAACAGAUUCAUUAAUGUCUGUGCCAUUGGGCUAUGAAAGCUCAAAAAGUCACUGCAACUGAGGAGUAGCUUUUAAAGAGUAUCUGUUGCCUGUUGAGGUAUUAAGAGAGCAAGAGCUGCCUGUACCUACGGAUAGUGCUGCUGUCCCGCCCUGUAAUCAUCACGGUAGGCUGCUGCAGAGAAGUGGGUACACUCUGUUCUGCAGAUUGUGACCUCUUACUGAUCACUGGGUUCUUCUUGGCUUGUAUUGAACCUCUGAUUGCUUACAAAACAGAACAUUGUUGCUAGAACAUUUCCCAAGAAUCUGUGGCUCCUCACCUGGUGGGAAUGACCUGUAAAGCUGUUGACUUGUACAGAAUUUCUCCAAUAAAAUGCAUCCAACUGUGCAAAAAUAA